CUCCUCAGACAGGUCUCCAGGCCCAGAGGAAUCAAAUGUCCAACAGCAGCUCCAUCACCGAGUUCCUCCUCCUGGCAUUCGCAGACAAGCGGGAGCUGCAGCUCCUGCACUUCGCGCUCUUCCUGGGCAUCUACCUGGCUGCCCUCCUGGGCAACGGCCUCAUCCUCACAGCCGUAGCCUGCGACCACCGCCUCCACACCCCCAUGUACUUCUUCCUCUUCAACCUCGCCCUCCUCGACCUGGGCUGCAUCUCCACCACUCUCCCCAAAGCCAUGGCCAAUUCCCUCUGGGACACCAGGGCCAUUUCCUACACAGGAUGUGCUGCACAGGUCUUUUUCUUUUUCUUUUUCUUUUCAGCAGAGUAUUCUCUUCUCACUGUCAUGUCCUAUGACCGCUACGUUGCCAUCUGCAAGCCCCUGCACUACGGGAGCCUCCUGGGCAGCAGAGCUUGUGCCAAGAUGGCAGCAGCUGCCUGGGGCAGUGGAUUUCUCCAUGCUGUGCUGCACACUGCUAAUGCAUUUUCUCUGACACUUUGCCAAGGCAAUGCUGUGGACCAGUUCUUCUGUGAAGUUCCAAAGAUCCUCGAGCUCUCCUGCUCAAACUCCUACCUCAGGAAAGUUUGGAUAAUUAUGGUUGGAUUCUGUUUAGCGUCUGGGUGUUUUGUUUUCAUCGUGCUGUCCUAUGUGCAGAUUUUCAGGGCUGUACUGAGGAUGCCCUCUGAACAGGGACAGCACAAAGCCUUUUCCACAUGCCUCCCUCACCUGGCCGUGGUCUCCCUGUUUCUCAGCAUGACCAUAUUUGCCUACCUGAAAUCUCCCUCCAUCUCACCAUCUCUGGACCUGGUGGUAGCAGUUCUGUACUCAGUUGUGCCACCAGCAUUGAACCCCCUCAUCUACAGCAUGAGAAACAAGGAGCUUAAGAGUGCUGUUAGGAAAGUGAUUGCACGGAUAUUUCUGAUUAGUGAUAAAUUUCCCCUCUAUCUACACAAAUGACUUCCCUUGCAGGCCUGCUCCUUGUUUAUCAUUAUUGAAAUUGUUAUCCUCAGUAUCAUCUGCCUUUACUAAUUUCUUAGAAAUAUGUUUCUUUAUUCAUCAGCCAUCUACUGAGGAAUGAAACUGUUCUGUUUACUCUUGAGGCUUUAUAAUAUGUGUAUAACAGCAGGCCAGAGUAAACUCUGUGAUAGCAUCUGCCUAAUAAAAUUGCAUCUCCCCAGUGCACUUCUUGAAGACUUGGUUCUUCUUUCAAAGCUGGUGCCAGGACCAGGGCUGAGCAGCUGCUCCCCGAAAAGCCUGUUGCUCCAUGGAUAAGGGAAAGAAAAAGCUCAUUUUGUGAGCUGUGAGAGACCGAGGGUAGGAUUUAGGAGUAACCUGUUUGUGUCUGAUGACAGCAGAAAUGGUGAACAGUCACGGAGGUACACAGCCGUGACUGUCCCACAACUGUCAGGGCAGAGGACAUCCUCCAGGAAAUUAAUGGGGAGCUGCC